AUGCACUGCCUCAGGAGAAUCAGCCUGGAGGGCUCCCCGGGCUUAACUGCAGCGGGCAUUCAUGACCUCUUCCCCUGCUCGCAUGUGGGCUGGCUCAGCCUCGCCAGCACCGCGGUCACGGUCGCAGAGCUGAAGGGCAUCACGCGGCUGAGUAGGCUUAAGGACCUCCACCUGUCGCACACCAGCAUCACCCAUGCAUGCAUGGCUCACCUGGAGGGCGUGCCGCAGCUGCGCGUGCUGGCGCUCACUGGUUGUCGCGGGGAGUCGGCUGCGAGUAUGGUGCACAUGUCGCGGUUGGGGACGGUAGAGAAGGUGGAGCUGAGAGGCAGUGCGGUGGGAGAGGAGGGGCUGCAGCACUUGAUGGCGCUCUCCCACCUGAGGCACCUCUCCGUGCCGCCGGGUGUGAGUGACUGUGGCAUGAAGCACGUGAGGGGAAUGGCACGGGAGAAGCUGGGCUUGUGGGAUGCUGAGUUGACUGCAACUGGUGUGCAGUGCCUCUGGAACCUCAUCCAUCUGCAACAAGUGGCAACAAAUGAUGAGCGCAUUCAAGGGUGGACUAUCACCAGGAGCACGCUCAACUACACCAUCAACCUCUACAGUGGCCUUCCCAGGCCUUGA